AUGGGACGAAUGAAAAUGAUACUUGCUAUCCGUGAGUGUUGAAGCCACUGCAUACGUAUUGAUAAAUUUUUACAGUUUACCAUGUCUCGUAAUGCUCUUAUCACUGGUGCUGCUCGAGGUAUGGGACGUGCGAUUGCCCUCCGUCUUGCUAGAGAUGGUCUCAAUGUUGCUGUGAAUGAUAUCAAAGCAAGUUCUUCAGGUCUCAACAAGGUUCAACAAGAAAUCGAAAAAAUGGGUCGAAAAUCUAUCGCUAUAACUGCUGAUGUUUCUGUUGAUAAAGAGGUCGAAACAAUGAUGCAGAAUGCUGCAAAAGAACUGGGGAGUUUGGACGUCGUAGUCGCUAAUGCAGGAAUUAUCCAAAUGAAACCGAUCAUUGAUAUUACUACGGAAGAUUGGGAUAAGAUGUUUGCAGUCAACACGCGGGGUGUGUUUCUUUGCUACAAAGAGGCUGCUAAGGUCAUGAUUGCGCAAGGUACAGGAGGAAAAAUCAUUGGUGCCUGCAGUAUACUCGGAUACAAAUCAGUUCCAAUGGCGAGCCAUUAUUCUGCCAGUAAAUGGGGUGUGCGUGGUCUUACGCAGGCCGCCGCUAUGGAAUGGGCAAAACAUAAGAUUACAGUCAAUGCUUACUGUCCAGGACUUACCAAAACUGCGAUGGGAGAUAUAGUUGAUGAAGAACUAGCAAAACUUCAAGGAAAGCAAAAGGGAGACAUCAUCAAAUAUUACGAAAACGACGUCAUAGCUCUUGGCCGACUAGGCAAGCCAGAAGAUAUUGCAAACUUAGUGUCGUACUUGGCUAGCCAAGACUCUGAUUAUAUGACUGGACAGAGUAUUAUCGUUGAUGGAGGAACCGUGUUUUCUUGA